AGUAAUGUUCCCCCCUCUCUCUGCAACAUGAAGCCGUGAGUGUGGAAAGAAGAGAAAGCGAGGGAGGCACCCAUCAUCGGGCUUUUUUUAAUUUUUUUUAAUUUUUUCUUUUUAAGUUACUUUUAUUUUUAUUUUCGUCAAACAUCCAUCUCAUUCCGCGUCGUGUCCACCUUCGGGGAGUUGACGCGUCAAAUCACGCCGGGGACCCAGCAGCUAACAGAAGCUAACAGUUAGCUAACAGCAGCUAGCCGCUAACAUCCAGCUAACAGCAGCUAGCCGCUAACAGAAGCUAGCCGCUAACAGUUAGCAAAUAUUAGUCCAGCUAGUCAGUCAGUCACCGCUUCUUAUUUUUUUAGUUAUUUUCUAAACUGAUAUUCUGACAACCUAUUGCUACACACCUGCUGACAUUUGCCUGAAGUAGUGCAGAAUUAAUGUCAAAUGUUUCAGCUGUCACAUUAAAAUAAAUAAGGUUUUUUUUGUCGGGUGUAACAUCAUGUCCAGCCUGUGGGUUGCUAACUAAUGCGCAGUAUUGCAUCUGUUUCAUGUGCACAAACCCAAGCAGCAGGAGCACUACUUUUUUUUUAGUGUUGUAGGUUACUUCAUAAUAAUCACCCACCUUUGUUUUUGCAUUUCCGUUUUUUUAGCUGCCAACUUGUUUUUUGGAAGCCGGUUAUUAUGUUAAAAAGCCAAAAUGAUGGAAGCAGGAAAUAUGGUGAACUUUUUCUGGUUAUAGCUGCUGUAGCUGCACUGGCCUUGCUGCUGGCAUCUCACCAGAAAUCCACCACAGGGAUGGACACUAAACUAAACUAAACUGAGCACCCACGACCAAAACUGAGGAAUUCAAUAUCGGGGGGGAAAAAAGAAAAGUAACAUUAGCUGACACACUUUGCACAGCAGCAGCAGUAGUAGUACUGUGCAUGGUGACUCAUUUCACUAGUCUGGGUAAGCAGAGACGUGGUUUAGUUUUUUUGCAGAAGGGUUUAACUAAACUCUACACUUAGUCACUACACCAGAGACUAGAUAGCUUGCCUUCAGCUAGCUACAGUCUCGCCCCAACACCACAUCACAAACACGGCGUACAGGACGUAUUCAGAGCCCGCUCCCGGCCAGACGCACAGGCUCAACAACACCGUCAUGGGAGUGCAAGGGUUUCAAGAGUAUCUAGAGAAGCGGUGUCCAGGGGCUGCAGUCCCGGUGGAUCUCCUAAAGCUUGCACGUACCGCGGCCCGCCAGCCCCCUCACCACCACCAUCAUCAUCAUCCACACCACCACCCACAUCACCCAGGGCCCAUGCCUCCCCCGCCCCCGCCAGCCAGGAUCCUCAUCGACGCUGACUCCGGCCUGCAGCGGCUGUACGGCGGCUACCAGACGGACUGGGUGUGCGGGGGGGAGUGGAACGCCAUGCUGGGCUACCUGGCCGCCCUGUCCCAGGCCUGCUUGUACCAGGGCGGCCUGGAGCUGGUCGUGGUGUUCAAUGGCACACUGGGGAAGGAGCGCUGGCCCGAGUGGGCGAGGCGAGCUCAGGGCCAGCGACAGACGGCGCAGCUGAUAGUCAACCACGUCGGCAGCAAGGCCACCCCGCCUCCCCGGGCAUGGUUCCUGCCCCCGGCCUGCCUCAGCCACUGCGUCCGCCUCGCCAUGUUUCGCUUCCGAGUGCGGGUUGUACAGACUUUGGAGGACCACCACCAGGAAGUGCUGUCUCUCUACAGGGACUAUGGAUUUGCUGGCCUGAUCGCUCAGGAUUCUGAGUUUGCCCUCUGUAACGUACCCGCCUACUUCUCCUCACACGCACUCAAACUGAGCUGGAACGGCAAGAACCUGACCACACACCAGUAUCUGCUGUCUGAGGCUGCCAGGCAGCUCGGGCUCAAGACACAGCACCUGCCCUGCUUCGCUGCUCUGCUGGGAAACCAUAUUCUGCCUGAUGAGGACCUGGCUGCCUUCCACUGGAGUCUGCUGGGACCAGAACACCCACUAGCUUCUCUCAAGGUGCGAGCCCAUCAGUUGGUGCUGCCGCCCUGUGAGGUGGUAAUCAAGGCCGUCUCCGAGUACGUCUCCUCCAUCAAAGACCUGGGAAACCUCGACGCCAUUGCCAGAGAUGUCUUCAAACAGUCACAGUCUCGUAUGGAGGACAAAGUGGAGCGAUUCAAGAAAGCUGUGGAGUAUUUCUCAGCUGCCUCCAAACCACGCUCGCCCAACAUGGGGCCCUCCUCUUUCAUUUUACCUGGGUUUGGACCCAAUCCAUUUGGGGGACCACCUGGCCACAUGGGACCGAUGCAGCCUGGAAAGAAUCAGUUCCCUCCCCAGGUUCCGGGGUUAAAGCCACCUUAUCAAAAUGCUCCAUAUGGACCUGGCUCCGCCCCUCUGUUCCAGAACCCGCCACCGCCGUCCCAAGACUGCAACGAUUCACUGACAAGCAAGAUGGGCCUCUCUGAUUGGUCAGCUCCAUAUGAUUCCACUCAGGGGGGAAACCGAUUACCCAAUCAUCACACCGGCACUCAGUCCGGUCCCUCUCCGUCUCCUUCCUCGUCAUCAGAUGGAGACGAACCCAACGACAGCAAUGCAAACCAUUUGACGGACAAGCCCUCUCGGUGGGAGGAUCCCGCCGGAAGGGGGGGCUCGGCCUCCGGAGACGGUUCCCAAGGCAACGGGAGCGGGUCAAACAUUCCGUCACUGCUGUCUAUGGCGACGCGGAGUCACAUGGACAUAACCACACCCCCUCUGCCUCAGGUUAGUGCCGAGGUUCUUCGUGUAGCCGAGCACAGACACAGAAGAGGACUGAUGUAUCCUCAGAUUUACCACAUAUUGACCAAGGGAGAGAUGAAGAUGCCAGUGUGUAUAGAGGAUGAGUGUAACUCGGAGCUGCCUCCUGCCUCUCUGCUGUUCCGUGCUGCCAGACAGUAUGCCUAUGGCGUCCUCUUCAGUCUGGCUGAAACACACCGCCGCCUGGAGAGGCUCGCCCUCCGCAAAAGGGCUCCCCUGGAAGUUCCUCCAGUGAUUGUCAAAGAGUGGAGCAGCGGUAAGGCCAAGUCAGCCCUGACUCCUGAGCUGGUCCCGGCCCUGUGUUUCCGGGAGUGGACCUGCCCCAACCUGCGGCGGCUGUGGUUGGGUCGAGCCAGCGAGGACCGCUCCAGGAGAACCAGGGCCUUCCUGGCCUGCUUACGCUCCGACUGCCCAGCCCUCCUCAACCCAGCACAAGUCCCACAGCAUCUGCUGCUCAUGUGCUGCGUGCUCAGGUAUAUGAUGCAGUGGCCUGGAGGAAGGAUCCUCCACAGACAUGAGCUCGAUGCCUUCUUGGCGCAGGCUGUUUCCAACCAGCUCUAUGAACCCGACCAGCUACAGGAACUAAAGGUGGAGAAGGUGGACGCCCGCGGCGUGCAGCUGGCUGCUCUCUUCAUGGCCGGCGUCGACACAGCACUGUUCAUCAAUGAUGUGUGUGGCCAGCCGUUGCCAUGGGAACACUGCUGCCCCUGGGGCUUCUUCGACGGCAAACUGUUCCAGAGCAAACUGGCCCGGGCCGCACGCGACCGGGCUGCAUUGUUGGACAUGUGUGAGGGGCAGGAGGAGCUGGUGUCCAAGGUGGAGAAGAUGCGUCAGGCGAUCCUCGAGGGCAUUAACCUGUCCCGCCCGCCUCCUCCUCCUCCUCCUCUUCCACCUCCUGCCUUCCUCCCUCCUACCAUGGUGCCCCCUUUCUACCCAAUGCCUCCUCUCUACCCACCUCGCCCUAUGGGCGGCAUGCCUCCUCAUCAUCACCCACAUCAUCCACAUCACCCUGCCCAGCACAGACCCAGAGCCUUCCCAGGAUAUUUUCGUCUUUCUUCAGGCAUUCAGUCCAUCCCCCCUCAGGGAGGAAAACUGGAGAUAGCUGGCAUGGUGGUUGGCCAGUGGGCAGGGAACAAACCAAUCCGUGGGAGAGGGGGGUUCAACAUGCAGGUGGUGUCAGUGGGAGCAGGGAAAGGGAGGGGUAAAGAGAUCCCAACAAAAGUAAGGGGAGCGAAAAAGGCAACUGCCAACAGAACACAGACGUCAUCCCCCCCAUCCAGCAGUCCCCCAAAGUCCUCAGAGGAGGCGGGCUCCACGCCAGAGGUUGCGACCCAGCAGCUGAACGGCAGCUCGGCAGCCUCCGCCAUCGGCCAGCCCUUGGAGCUGACCCCAGUGGCCCAGCCAAUCCCGUGUGCCUUAGCCAGCAGAGACAACCAAUCAGAGGGGGUGGAAGAGGAGGCCCCCUGUUGCCUUGACGACUGCCCGUCAGACGGAGCGCUACAGAAGGAAGAGUGAUGGCGUUCCUCUUGCCGAGGAUGCACUGCUCUGAGAGAGUUAUCUGUGUUCGACUGCCUUUCCCUGUUUUUGUAGCCCUGCCUGCUAGCUGUGCACAUUUAUCACAAGGAGCAGGAAGCGACGCGCGGGGGCCGGGGGUGUGUUUCGCUCUCGUCCUCGUCCUCUCUGCUGCUCCGUGUGAUAAGCCAAAGCAGUUAGCUGUUACUCCCUUUUUAGUUUUUCUCAUGUGGUUUUACAUUGUUUUAUGAAGAGAGGAUUUCUCCAUGAGUCUGUAAGCGCCCCACCCCUCAAAAAUCCUAAUUGCCUCCCUCCCGCACUCAGAGUAAAAUAUGCUUGAAGCCCCCCCACCCCAUGACUUCCCACCACCCCCCAUUA